AUGCUUUUUGUGUAUCAACGUAAUAAUGGACAAUUGGUCGUUUUCAUUUGGUCGUUGCUUACUUUGGUGAUCGAUUCUACUCAUUCCGAUCAAAUAAGUCAAUCUUACAUCGUGUACUAUUCUAAUGGUACUCAAUAUUCUCCUGUCAAUCCAGCAGCACAGCUGCUUUCGACAACAACAAGGAACUCAUUGAAGUUAUGUGCUGUUGCAUGCAAUCAAAAUCGAUUGUGUCGCAUUUUUGAUUAUGAUGUAUCUGCAUUGGACCAAUGUCGAUUAUUCGAAGGUGAUAUAGAUACAGUGGGUAGUAUUAUUGCAGUACCAUCUCAAUCAAGAGUUGGUGUCGUUAAAAUCUCUGCAGCUGUAUUUUCACAAUAUGGUCUUUCAUGUCAGACUAGCUGCUACGAAACUCGUUAUCUUACAUGCUCAACGAAUUCCACAUGUGAAUGCGUUCCACACACUUAUUGGAAUAUAUCAACAUCCAUAUGUGCACCACAGUUACCUGUAAUCGGUGCAUCUUGUCAACAAAACAGAAGCAUGUGUCGAGAAGAUUUUGGUUACACUUGUUUACCAUCCAAUCAGUGUGGAUAUGCGACGAUUGGAAGUUCUACACUGGCUAUCACCUUGCAACCGAAUACAAGUGUGCUAUACAACACAACAGGUCUAUCUGAUGGUUGCACUUCGGUUGGAACGAGUUCAUCAACGACUGCAUCAACUCAAGUGACAACCGAAGUUGUGACAUCUGAUAUAACAAGUGAUCCGACUGAUCAAUUACCGAUCGGCGUUACAAUUGCUGGUUAUGACAAUAUGACAGCUGGUGAUGAUGCUAUGGGAUUAAAUGCACCGCGCGGUAUAUUUGUUUCAUCGAUCAAUCAAACUUUCUACGUAUGCGAUUCGAAUAAUUUUCGAGUGCAACGUUUUCAUUUUGGUAGCCGUCUGGGAACUACUGUAGCCGGUGGUCUCGGCUAUCCACAACGGAACAUUAUAAUGAAUAGAAUAUGGAAUGUCGUUGUUGAUAGCAGUGAAUAUGUUUAUGUUACUGAUCGUAAUCUUAAUCGGUUGACGAAAUGGCCGCCAAACAUCACAGUGAAUGUCACACAAGGCACCAUCGCCUCAAGAGGUAUUGGCGUUUGGGGAGUAGCUUUCGAUCAAUAUAAUAAUAUGUACACCUCGUUGUUCGAUACACAUGUUAUUAUCAGAAAUAAUAAUACGAUUGUUAUUGGUUAUUAUAAUCAAAGUGGUAAUUCGUCGACGUAUUUGAAUUAUCCACGAGGUAUCUUUUUUGAUAAAACUUCGUCUUCGCUGUUCGUUUGUGAUAGUAUGAAUCAUCGUAUUCAGAAAUUUCAGUUGAAUAGUUCUGUAGGCGUGACGGUAGCCGGAGGAAACGGAGCGGGAUCAAAUCCAAAUCAAUUGAAUCAACCGUACUUUGUAUGGGUGUCCCCGAAGAACGGUGACAUGUACAUUGCUGACACGAAUAACAAUCGAAUUCAGCGAUGGAAAAUGAAUGAUACACAAGCAACUACAGUUGCUGGGACAGGAACAGCAGGAUCGCUUCCUACUAUGCUCCGUUCACCCGUUGGAGUAGCACUCAACGCUAACGAAACGUUUCUUUACGUUAGCGAUCAAAGUAAUAAUCGAGUUCAGCGCUUCGAGCUGGACGGUUAA